AAAAAGAAAAAUUGAUUGUCUUGACAGUCACAUAAAAAAUGACAACAAUUUAAUAAUUAAAUAAUAAAAGAAAAAAUCCCAAAUUAUUAAUAAUGAAUUAUUUAAAUGAAACAGGAACUGGUGAACCAGAACAAGAUGCAAAUUCAGCAUUAAUUGAACUUGACAAAGGUUUACGUUCUAAAAAUACUGGUGAAAGAUGUGAAGCAAUUGUACGUUUUCCUCGUUUAUUUGAAAAAUAUCCAUUUCCAAUAUUAAUAAAUUCAGCAUUAUUAAAAUUAGCUGAUGUAUUUCGUCUUGGUAGUAAUUUUUUACGUGUAUGGGUAUUACGUGUAUGUCAACAAAGUGAAAAACAUCUUGAUAAAAUAUUAAAUGUUGAAGAAUUUGUACGUAGAAUAUACAGUGUUAUACAUUCAAAUGAUCCAGUUGCACGUGCAUUAACACUACGUACACUUGGUAGUGCUGCUGGUAUUAUACCAGAAAGACAACAGGUACAUCAUAGUAUACGUAAAUCACUUGAUUCACAUGAUUCAGUUGAAGUUGAAGCAGCAAUAUAUGCUGCACGUAUGUUUGCAUCACAAUCAAAGCUAUUUGCUGUAUCAAUGUGUAGUAAAAUAUCUGAUAUGAUUAGAGGACAAGCAACACCAGCAUCAAUGAAGCUUAAAUUAAUACCAAUAUUACAAUACAUGCAUCAUGAUACAUCAACAGCAUCAAUGGUCAAUGAAUUAUGCAUGGAAUUAUUAGCAAGUUAUCCAGCUGUUGAAUUUGUUAGAGUAACAUUAUGUGCAAUGAGUACACUUGCAUCAUCAACUCUCAUUGAUUUACCAGAUCAAGUAUUAUUAUUAUUAAAAUAUUUUCAUGAUGAUCCACGUUUAUCAAUAAAACGUUAUUCCCUAAAAUUAUUAUUUGAUUUAGCUAAACGUGGUGCACAUUUAUGGCCAACUGGUGCACUUGAUAAUUUAAUUGAUUGCACAACAAAACUAAAAAAUGAUGAAUCAAAUAAUAAAACUGAUUUAUUAUCAAGAACACUUGAUGUUAUUGAAGUAUUAAGUCGUAAUGCUGUAACUUGUGAUGCAAAUAUGGAUGAAAAUAGUAAAUUAAUAACGUUAUGUAUUGAUGCAUGCUAUUCACAUGAUCCAAUUGUAUCAGUUAAAUCAGUUAAAAUAUUAACAAGAAUAGCAUGUUAUUGUUAUGAAGAAAAUUUACCAAUUAAUAAUAUACAAAUAAUAAUAUCAUGUUUAGAAUCAUUGAUUGUAUUAUUAGCUGUUGAUGAUAAAUAUUUGUAUCAUCUUAAAAUGUGUUUAUCAUCAAUUGUUAAGCUAUGCAAAGUACAUAAUCAUUCAGCAAUAUUUGUUGAUGUUAUUGGUACAACAUUAAUGAAUUGUAAUACAUUACAUACAGAUAAUAAUGAUAAAGAAAAAAAUAUAUCAAGAGUAUUGUGUGAGGCACUUGGUGCUAUUGGUAGUAUUGGUGAUAAUGUACUACUUCCAUUGCUACCAGAUAUAUUAGAUAAAUUAAAACAAAAUGUUUCAAAUGAUACUAAAGUUAUGCUUUGUAUAUUAUUAUUUCAAAUGAUUGCUGGUGGUUAUGAAUGGAAUGAUGAUUGUCGUAGAGCAAUUGAUAAUGUAUGUUUUAAAAUUGAUGGUUGGUCAAAAUAUCGUAUUGGACGUGGUGCUGCUAGAUAUGGACAUCAUUUUAUUGCAACAAAAAUAUUUAAAGAACUCAAAGAAACAGUUGCAUCUGAACAAUUACAUUUUUGGCUAUCUGGUCUUGAAUUACUAACAAAUGCUGAAUGCUAUCUAACUGAUGAUAUUAAUAAAACAAAAUAUAUUGAUAAUAAAAUUAAUAUUAUUGAAAAAUUAAAUUAUUCAAUAUCAAAUUAUUCAAGUGCAUUGGCAUCAUUUAAAGCAGCAAGUACACCAUUAAAAAAUUUACAAUUUACAUGUGAUUAUGUUAAUUUACGUUGUGAAUUUUUACAAUCACUAUUACAAUUAAUAAAUUCAUGUAAAUCAUUAUGUACAUCACCACCACCAGCAAUUGCAAUGUCAAUUGUAUUAUCAACAAAAGAUGAUUAUCAAAAGUAUGGUAGAGUUACAUAUCAAUUACGUAAAUCAAUACAAGAUUUUAAUACAUGUGCUAUGAAUUAUCAAAAAUUAUAUCAAUCAUCAUUUGAUGCUGAUCAAGGUACACUUGAUAAUAUACGUGCAUUACAAGAAAUAUGUUUAUUAAUAAAUAAUAGUAUUGAACGUGUAUGUAUUGAUAUUAAUAAUUCAACAUCAAUAUAUAAAAAUAAUGAUAAUAUUAAUUUUUAUUUUGGUGAUACAAUUGAAAUGCGACAAUUGGCUAAAUGUUGUGUUGAAGUUAAAAAAUUAUCACCAAAAUGGCAGUUAAAUGACAAUGAAGAAACAAUAAGUCAUUCGAGAAUUGAAUCAUUAAUAUCACAAGUUGUAUUAAUUGCUGGUGGUAAAGUUAGAUUUCCAAUACCAAGAUAUUUCUUUCAAUCAUUACAAACGACUAUUGUUAAGUUGUCAGUAUCACCACAACCACGUGUACCUGGUGAACCUGUAUUUGUACCACAAGGAUCACAAUUGGCAUUGAAAAUUGAAGGUGUACUAAGACAUGGUGAUAAAGGAUCAUUGUUUCGUUCUGUUGCUGCUGUAUCAAUAUCAAUAACAACAUCACCAUCAUCUUCAAAAAAUAAUUCUCAUAAUAAUAUAAAUAAUAAUGAAAUUAUUGGUAAUGAAAUACAACAAACUGUUGUACCACAUCGUGAUUUUUUUGCAUGUGAAUUUUUAUUGAGUCUUGGAAGUUCUGGUGGUAAUAGAUGUCUUGGUUCUAUUACUAAUACAACUAUUAGUGGAGGUGGUACUUAUCAAGUUACAGCUAAUGCUAAUAUUGUUGAUAAAGAUGGAAAUGUAUGGAAAUGUGGACCAAAAUCAACACUUCAAGUUAAAGUACAUGAAGAACCAACAAAAAGAAAAAUAACAUAAUUUUUUUUUAAUACUAGUGUAUAUAUAUUUAUAAUAUAAGAAGCAAAAUAAAAAUCAUUCAUAAUAUUUUUAAUUUAA